GCUUUGUUGCGCACUAACGUGUACGGCAUUCUCCGCCGACGUCAUGGACGGGUUUUGGGGGUAGGAGGGGGAGUCUGUAAGGUUACGUCAAACAGACUGAAGCAGAGACUGGAGAUACCUGGGAACGGAGCAUUCACCCAUCCAUAUUGACACCGCCAACAGCCCGGAUACUGGGUGCUACCACUCUUCCCCCCCACCCCAGGGUCUUUUUUUUGUUGCAUAUAAAGCUAAGUUGGCGAGCAGCGAAGGCGCUGUGGUGCGUUUGGGAGGGCCUUCGUGGGAUGCUGGUGCUGCGAGUUUUGGGUCAGUCGCUGGUCCAUGUUGGAAGAAACCAAGAAAUAAGAGUAAAUCAUACAGCAUUUGGAACCUGCUCCACUAUUCGUAGUAAAAGAGAGUUUUGGAUGAUGGCGAUCUGAGAACAGUUCCGAAGAGGAGUUGCCAGAUUUAAAACGCUAACUCUGUUUCUCUGACCAUCUCACAAGAAAUCUAGAUGUCUGCCAGAGAUAAAGAAGAACAGGAUGAUGAAUUGCUGGCUCUUGCUAGUAUUUAUGAGGAGGAUGAGUUUAAAAGGGCAGAAUCUGCUACAGGGGGAGAAAUAAGCAUAUGUUUGGAACUGCCACCAGACUUCAAAAUAAAUGUUCAAGGUGACGAAAAGCAGAAUAAAAAGGACCUGAUUGAAUAUGCAGUUUCUUUUUUGCCACCUCUUGCGUUGAAGUUUGAACUUCCUCCAGAUUAUCCGUCAUGUUCAGCUCCUAAAUACACCUUGAGCUGCAAGUGGCUUUCACAAACUCAGCUGUCUGCACUUUGUUCUUGCCUGGAUAGAAUUUGGAAAGACAAUGGCAAUUGUGUGGUAUUAUUUUCAUGGAUGCAGUUCUUAAAAGAAGAGACACUCUCCUUUUUGCUAAUUGAGUCGCCAUUAGAAAUCAAAAACAUUAAAGAUAAAUCUGAAAGUGCUUUGGUUAGGAAAAAGCAUAAUGAAUUCGGAUCAGAAGACAAUCUGAAGAACUUGGAAGACUUUCCUCUUGACCUGAGAGCGAUCCAGGAUGUGGAGGCGUGUGAUUGUGUUUUACGUGAAAUUUUGGACUUUGAUCAGAAUCAGAAACAAAAAGUCUUUAAUAGCAAGAUUUUCACCUGCAGUGUAUGCUUUUGUGAAAAGCUGGGCAUUGACUGCAUGGACUUGAAGGAGUGUAAUCAUGUGUAUUGCAAGACCUGUUUGAAAGAAUAUUUUGAGAUACAAAUCCGUGAUGGGAAUGUUCAGUGCCUUAAUUGUCCUGAGCCAAAGUGUACUUCUAUUGCCACUCCUGCUCAAGUAAAAGAGCUCGUCUGUGAGGAGACAUUUGCACGAUAUGACCGCCUUCUCCUUCAGUCUACAUUGGAUCUAAUGACAGACGUGGUAUAUUGCCCUCGUACCGUUUGCAAGUCAGUGGUGAUGCUUGAACCUGGAAACACUAUGGGCGUCUGUCCAGGAUGUCGGUAUGCUUUUUGUGCAUUAUGUGAAAUGGCUUAUCAUGGAAUUUCUCCAUGCAGAUUAAAAGCAGAGAAACUUUCUGCACUGCGUGAUGAGUACUUAAACGCAGAUGAAUUUGAAAAGCAGCGGUUGGAAAAGUCCUAUGGGCGCAGAGUGCUUCAGAAAGCAAUGGAGGAGUUGUGCAGCCAGGAAUGGCUUGAUAAGAAUUCAAAGCCAUGUCCCCGAUGUGGUACAAACAUACAGAAGGUGAAUGGAUGCAAUAAGAUGACGUGCACUGGAUGUAAGCAGCACUUCUGUUGGCUCUGCAUACGCCCACUUUCAAAAAUAGAUCCAUAUAGUCACUUCAAUGAUUCCUCAUCACCUUGCUUUAAUGAGCUGUUCCAAGGUAUCGACUUUGAAGCAGAAGAUGAUGUCUUGAGGGAUGAAGAUGAUGGAAUUGUUUAAGCUCUUUUAUGAUGCUGCUUGGACUAUCAUUACAUAAAAUUUAUGCAUGAACCAUUUAAACGGACAAACGACUGUUACCUUCAGCGUCAUCAAUCGUAGCUAAACCAAUCUCUGGCAAUGGUUAUUCAAUUUAGUACUUGUCGUUGACCAUUAUGAAAGUUGGGUCUCAGGAUACAUAAUGUUCUAGGGAUUUCUGUUUUCAGCGUUCAAACAUUUAUACAUGCACAAUAUAUUUAAACAGAUCAAGCUGAUAAAUUUGAGGGGAAGAUCAUGUUUCGUUUAAUUUGGACAACAUUCAGUGGAAAUUAUUUUAUGUAUUCAAGUAACAUUUGAGAAGCAUUUUCAAAAAUGAUAGCAGUGCCAUUUCUCCCUGGUUCUCUGUCUUUGUUUCACAAGUUUAAAAUUUUUCCUUCAUCUUCCAAGGAUUUUCUGCUUCUGGUUAAUAGUCACAGUGACAAUUCCUAGUAAUCCUGUUGCUGUGCCUCUUGACUUAUUGUGUAGAAUUUGACAUUCAAACUUUUUAUCUUGAUAGGCCAUUUAAUCAUGGAGCUUUGCAAGCCAACUUAUGCACUAUUUCUGAAUGGGGUUCCCUACCUGAUGCAACAAUUCAAACGUUGGCACUUUUAUGGAUAUGUAUUCAGUUUUGACACUUGGAACUGCAGGGAUUUUGCAUGAAAAAAGUAAAUGCUACAAAUAUUGAGCAUAAAAGCCUUUUCUUGGGUUUUCUUCUGUUUUCUGAUUACACAGAAGCAACAACUGUGCUAAUUCAAGAAAUUCAAUGCAAAAUGAAACUAGCAAUAGCAGGAUGCUGGUCAGUUCAGAAAGACAACUAGAUACUGACGACUGGAGAUUGUCUGUGAAGGGAGAAAUGAUGUCCGUCAUGUUCCAUCAGCCUGCAAUGCAUUCAUUAUAAAUCUUUUGAUCUUGCUGGCUCCAGGAAGAUAACGACAGGCCUAGGAACAGGUUUGCCUGUUCUCUCCUGGACAGGUGGGUUUUAGGAAAAAGUGUAGUAGCAUUUUUGCUUUUAAAAAUAAACUACAUGUUUUGAAUGAUGGACCAGCUAGUUAUAUCAUAAAUGCAUUUUGGUGCACAAGAUGACUGCUGGGGCUGCAUUUUUGUUGUACUUCCUUCAUAUUCUUCCAUAAAGCUAAUCUAUAAACUCCUCCCUGAAAAGGUAGUUUCUUAUUUUAAUUAACCUGCCCAAUAUUGUCUGUUUCCUCAGUGAAUGCACUAAGUGUAAAGAAUCAUGAAAUGGAAUUCAAGAGAUAAUUUAGUAAAGAGAUGUUUAUUUGGUUUCUAGUAAUCCUAUGUUCUGAAUAACAUUACAAUGUUUUCAGUUAUCUUUUAUAGUUAACCACAUAUCUACUGAACAUAAUUUUUGAAAUGACUUUCUUCCACUCUAGGCAUUGUGGUUUAAAUAUGUUAACUUUAUUGUUCCUAAUAUGAUGUCAUGUGUACUAAAUAGCUCAUGAGUGAUGUGACAUGCAAAACAUGGCAGUGAGGAAUGAAAAUUCUACUGCAGGAGCAGUGAAUUUCAGAAUCAUUCAGCAAUGAAGCAUGAGAUUUCAGUUGAAUUUUUGUACAAUAAGUAAAUGCCAACAGAGCUUAGUGUUUUUUUUUUAGUUAGUGAAUUAUUUUUGAUGCUUCUCAUUUGGAGUUUCUUUAAUAGAGGUUAAUGAUGAAAAGUACAUCUCCCACCAUUUGGUAGAUUACUGCUUUUCAGAGGUAAAGCAUAGAACAUUCAAACUACUGUGGACAACGAUUAAUAAUACAGCCUCUUUGAGACUCACUUUCGACAACUUUAUUUUGAUUUAAUGGCUCCUCUAGAUUUUUUUAAAGUCCAUACAGUUGGCUGGUUUUACUGUUUUCUUUACUGUAUCUGAUUGCCCUAGGAGAUCAUAAUACACCCUGCUCUUUCAAGAGCGUGAAUGUGGUGGUGAUGUGAAUGUUUGAGGAAUCUGUUUGAUGCUUGGGUGUUAAAGCAGGUUUUAGCUACUCUUAGCACUUCCUGGCAAAUUAUUUAAAGACAAUUAAAUGGAAAUUCUCCAGAGACGCCAAUCCUUGAAGUUAGGAAAUUUAUCAGAGGGUUCUAGGCACCAGAUGAUCAGAACUCUUGGGUAAUUGCUGUGACUUCCAAGAUGUCCUGACAUGCAUUUUUCACGGUGUGCCUGCUCUGAGUAUCUAGAGACGGGAAUUGUUUUAUGCAUUAAACAAUUGUGAUUGUAUGAUAAUAUAUCAAAAUAGAAUGCAUUUACUAUGUGCACUUUCAAUUUUUUUCUUCCACAGUUCCCAUCCCUCAAUUAAGUCACCCCAGUAAUUGGAUAAUUGCAUAGAUGCUUGUCAUUGCUAAAAUUAUAAAUUUUUAACAACAUAAAUCAAUCUGGGUAUAACGUUCUAAAACAUAUAACUCUGAUUGUAGAGGUUUAUUAAGUCACUGGGAGGACCAUGAACAAUAUAUGCCAUUCAAGUGCUGUUGGAGGAAGUCACAAAACUGAAAAAUGGAAGCAUCUUCAAUUUAGAAUGUCAUUUAAUCGAAAGAUUGCUAUGGUCUUAAGUACAUACUGUGAUUCCCACUGUUUUAAAAUUUCUAACCAACCAUGAGCUAAGAACCUGCCUAUUGUUCUGAGUAUAUUCAGAUCUUCCAUUUAAAACAGGUAGUUUUGCAUUGUGUUGCUGAAUUUCUCAUGGCUCAUUCUAUUAAACAGCAUAAGGCUGGGAUCACUUGGAUCAGCUCAUAAGAAAAAUGCUAGUGAGAAAUUUUGCUUUCUUAAUAUUUAAGUUAUUGAUUUCAAGUUCAUUCAGAUGGGCAUGAUUUCAGGAUUAGUUUUUGAAAAAGCUAUCUUCGAGGAAAGAUUGUUUUUAAAAAUAUAGUUUAGCAUCGAGGAAACCGCUGUGAAGUGUAUUCAGGUGCAACUCAAUAAUCUAUACAUUAAUGUUUAAAAUUUAACUUGUCAAAAAGGAUUGAAGGUUAACAGUUCUGAAAUAAAUAAUUAAUUCAUA